AUGUUGUCUGAUGCUGAGAAAAGGAAGCAAAUAAGUGUUAGAGGGAUUGCUCAGUUGGAAAAUGUGACAAAUCUUAAAUCUGACUUCAACAGACACUUGCAUUUUGAUGGUGUUAAAGAUAGGAACGUCGCAACGUCCCUCGACUUCUAUCAAGCGUUAGCACGUACAGUUUGGGAUCAUCUUUGCUCUCGAUGGAUUCGAUCUCAGCAGUUUUACCAUAGAGAGGAUCCAAAGCGCAUAUACUAUUUGUCCUUAGAAUUUUACAUGGGCCGCACUUUGACCAAUACAAUGCUGAAUGUAAAUAUUGCUGCUGCAGUAGAUGAGGCGAUGUACCAAUUGGGACUGGAUAUUGAGGAACUAGAGGAAAUGGAGUCUGAUGCUGGUCUUGGCAAUGGUGGGUUAGGACGUCUAGCUGCCUGUUUCUUGGAUUCAAUGGCAACAUUAGGGUUGGCCGCUUAUGGAUAUGGCAUCCGUUAUGAUUACGGCAUUUUUGAACAGUCUAUUCGCGAUGGCUGGCAGGUUGAAGAACCCGACGAGUGGUUACGCUUUGGAAACCCUUGGGAAAAAGGUAGACCAGAAUAUUGCUAUCCUGUCAACUUUUACGGGCGUGUUGAAGAUGCUGGAAAUGGACGUAGACGAUGGGUCGAUGCUCAUCCAGUCUUUGCAAUGCCCUAUGACACCCCAGUUCCAGGGUAUAGAAAUAACACUUGCAAUACUCUUCGGCUGUGGUCUGCCAAAGCUCCAAAAAGUUUUGAUCUCGGUAUAUUUAAUAUGGGUGAUUACAUAAACGCUGUAUGUGCACGUAAUCAUGCGGAAAAUAUAUCCAGAGUUCUUUAUCCAAAUGACAAUUUCUUUGUUGGAAAGGAACUUCGCCUUCGUCAAGAGUAUUUCUUAGUUGCUGCCACUUUGCAGGAUAUAAUUCGGCGUUUUAGAAGUAAUGAUUCCCACCAUCGAUCGUUUGAUGAAUUUCCCAACAAAGUUGCUAUCCAAUUGAAUGACACACAUCCCUCACUGGCAAUUCCUGAAUUACUACGUAUCUUAGUUGACUUGGAGGGUUUAGAGUGGAAAAAAGCAUGGGAUAUAAGUUACCAUACAUUUGCGUAUACAAACCAUACAAUCUUACCUGAAGCAUUGGAACGUUGGCCUGUCACAUUAUUGGAGCAUAUAUUACCACGUCAUUUAGAAAUUAUCUAUCAAAUUAAUGCUGAGUUCUUAGAUAUUGUACGUGCGAAAUGGCCAAACGAUGAUGACCGUAUUCGUCGUAUGUCAUUGGUAGAAGAAGAAGGCGAAAAACGUAUUAAUAUGGCCUACUUGUGUAUUGUAGGAUCUCACACAGUUAAUGGAGUCGCAGCAAUACAUUCACACUUAUUGAAAACUCAAACUUUCAAAGAUUUCGCUGAAUUAUGGCCAAAUAAAUUCCAGAAUAAAACAAACGGUAUUACACCUCGUCGUUGGUUGCUAUUAUGUAAUCCAAAUUUGUCAGACUUAAUUAUGGAAGGAAUGAAUGGCAGUGAAUCAUGGAUUGUUAACCUUAACGAAAUCGCCCAGUUAAAAUCACGUGUAAAUGAUGUUAAUUUUCUACGUCAGUUGAUACGUAUCAAACGGGAAAACAAGGCUAAAUUUGCUUCUUAUAUGGAACAACAUUAUGGUGUAACAAUCAACCCAGCAUCUCUAUUUGAUAUCCAAGUCAAAAGAAUUCAUGAGUACAAACGUCAACUAUUAAACUGCUUACAUGUCAUCACUUUGUACAAUCGUAUUAAAGCUAAUCCUGAAAUACCAAUCUGUCCACGUACAGUUAUGAUUGGGGGUAAAGCUGCUCCAGGUUAUCAUAUGGCCAAACUUAUUAUCAAGUUGAUCAAUUCCGUAGGUAAAGUUGUCAAUAAUGAUCCAGUUGUACGUGGUAGAAUUAAACUUAUUUUCCUUGAAAAUUAUCGUGUAUCUUUGGCUGAAAAAAUAUUCCCCGCCGCUGAAUUGUCAGAACAAAUUUCUACAGCCGGUACAGAAGCGUCGGGUACCGGUAACAUGAAAUUUAUGCUCAAUGGAGCUAUGACUGUUGGUACUAUGGAUGGAGCAAACGUAGAGAUGUGCGAAGAAAUGGGUCGAGAGAAUAUGUUUGUAUUUGGUCUAACCGUAGAGCAAGUUGAUGCUCUUCACAAAGUUGGCUAUCAUCCACAAGAAUAUAUUGAAAAAGAACCAGAAUUGAAAUUAUGUCUGGAACAAAUUCGGGAUGGCUUCUUCUCUCCGGAAAAUCCACAUCUAUUUAAAGAUAUAUAUAAUAGCUUAGCAUUCGAUGAUCGCUUCCUGCUAUGUGCAGAUUAUGCAAGUUAUAUACGUGUGCAACAAGAAGUUGAGGAAGCUUACAAAGAUGAACUAAGAUGGUCAAAAAUGAUGCUUAUGAAUAUUGCUUCCUCCGGGAAAUUUUCUUCUGAUCGUACUAUACGUGAAUAUGCUCGAGAUAUAUGGGGUGUUGAGCCAUCAACCAUUAAAUUACCACCUCCAUUUGAACCAGCUAUAGAAAAGAAAUAGUUUUAUCAAACAAAUAUUCAGACGUUCACCUUUUAUGAAUACACUUUUUUGUCCUAUAUCUUCACGACCUGUUCCCCUAUUGUCAUUUAGUCUAGUUAGUAAUUUGAAAAAAGAAAGAAAAUAACUUUUUCCACUGAUGAUUUAAAGAAAAAAAAAAUUAUUCUCUCCUUUCCUUUACAUGUUAAUGUUUUUCAACCUGCAAUAAGUAUUUUAUGUAGAGAAUAUUUUUAAUUCCCCUAUUAUAAUGUUAUCAAAUUACCAAUAACUCGCUAAUUAUGACUGCUAUAUGUUAUUCUUAUUCAGUAUGUAUUCAAUUCGUAAUAUAAUGCUUGAAUUAGAUCUGAUGCAAACAAACACAUCAACAUAAAUUAUGAUUAUCAUACUGUAACAGAAUGCAUUCAUCCUUGACUUCUUCCUUUUCUCUCUUCUUUAUUUAUAAGUAUUUAGAUCACUAAUAAUAGUAUUGGUGUUAACCAUUGUCAUAUAGGGAACUAUCGUUUGAUUAUUAUAUUGGGGCGGGGGAAAUGAAAGUUCAUUUGCUUGUGCUCUUGAGUUUUACAAACAUGACCUUUCUAAUUAGUUUAUUACUUAAUGUAAUAUUGUUAUGACUAAUAUUUGUUUCUUAUUUGUUUGAUUGAUUUCAACUUAGUUAUUUUUAAGCAAAAUAUUAAAAAACAACCCAAUAAAAUGUGACUAAUAAAUGCCUAUUAGUCAAUA